CUUAGACUCCAGUGUGCCGCGCAGUGUGCGCAAAUUCAUAAACCGUACCUCCGCUUUGGGUGUUUCUGAAUUCGGAGACUUCACACUAGGCGGGAAGACCCCCUUAACUCUCAGAAGAUGACAGCCCACAGAGAGGUAACAUCUGUUUACAUGGAACUCAGAAAUCUCCUGCAAAUCAUGAUCUCAAGGCCAGAGAAUGGCAGGUGAACAGAAGCCGUCAAGUAACCUCCUAGAACAGUUUAUUUUACUAGCCAAAGGUACCAGUGGCUCAGCCCUCACUGCUCUCAUAAGCCAAGUCUUGGAGGCUCCUGGAGUGUAUGUCUUUGGAGAACUGCUGGAGCUGGCCAACGUGCAAGAGCUUGCUGAAGGAGCUAAUGCUGCUUAUUUGCAGUUGCUGAACCUGUUUGCCUAUGGCACAUACCCAGAUUACAUAGCCAACAAGGAGAGCCUGCCGGAAUUGAGCACUGCUCAGCAGAACAAGCUGAAGCACCUUACCAUCGUGAGCUUGGCGUCGAGAAUGAAGUGUAUCCCCUAUUCCGUGCUGCUGAAGGACCUGGAGAUGCGGAAUCUCCGGGAACUGGAAGACCUCAUCAUUGAGGCUGUCUAUACUGACAUCAUCCAAGGCAAGCUGGACCAGAGAAACCAGCUGCUGGAAGUGGAUUUUUGCAUUGGCCGUGACAUCCGAAAGAAGGAUAUCAAUAAUAUUGUCAAGACCUUGCAUGAAUGGUGUGAUGGCUGCGAAGCGGUUCUGCUAGGCAUCGAGCAGCAAGUUCUGAGAGCCAACCAGUACAAGGAGAACCACAGCCGAACUCAGCAGCAGGUAGAGGCCGAGGUUACCAACAUUAAGAAGACGCUCAAAGCCACCGCCUCCUCCUCGGCUCAGGAAAUGGAGCAACAGUUGGCUGAACGGGAGUGUCCCCCUCACGCCGAGCAGAGGCAGCCCACCAAGAAGAUGUCCAAAGUGAAAGGUCUGGUCUCCAGCCGCCACUAGGGUUGGCUGGGGCAGCUGGCACUCACCAGGCCUGGGUCGGGUGGGGAGGGGACACCAAGGGCCUAUUUCCUCCCCUCUCUACCUUCAGUGAGUUCCAGACCUGCCCGUCCCCUCACCAGCGCCUCCCACCCUGUUGGUACUGUUCCAGAAGAACCGUUAAUCCUUCCCUCACCCCCUCUCUCCUCCCCCAGUUCCUUCAGACUCAGGGGCUCCACUGAUGCCAUCCCACCAGGGUCAGACACUGCCCAGCUUCCCUCCAGGAGGUUCUCGUCUCUGUGUAAGGGCUUGUCUCCCUCCCAGUUUUUCUUUUGCUCCAUGUCAUUUUGUCAGGCUGGUCACGAGCUGGGAGGCAGCUUUAGCGGCCCGCAGGGAUGACUGCGAAGGCGGCCCCUCUCCGUGAGGACGGGGGUGUGCCUUCUCCAGCCCCGGGGCCACGGUUCCCACACUGGUGCAGGUGAUCUCUGGCCAGGUCCCAAAUGCUCUGUUUCCCUCUCCUGCCUUAUCCCUUGUUGGCAGCUCCGAUCAGGCCACGGAGGGAUGCGAUGCUGGGCCAUGUUUACUAAACCUGCGGGUUUUCAGCCUCUUAAGCCCAGCUCCAACCUCUCAUUCGUUGGGAGCACUAACCUCUGGAAUCUGAGCACCAGUGGAGGGUGCAGUGGGUCUGCUGGGUGGCAGAAGUUUCUUCCGGGUUGGUGUCCUCUGCUGGCCGCGCUGCCUGCUGCCCCUGACCACUCAGACUGCCGCCCAGGACUGUCUGCAGACACGUGCUCCCCCGAGAUCCGUAGUCCCUCCCAGCUGUGUCCGUGCUGGGAUGGCGGUGCCGAGGCCCCUCUGUCUGGGGAAGGACCUGCUGCUGCUUCUGUCUCUCUCUCUCCACCCCUCCUUGGCUGGUGACCCAGAGCCCUCUGAUGACGGCAUUCUCCUGGCAAGAGAAAAGGACUUGACUGGCCUUUCUGAACUUGACUGUUUCAGGUUAUAUUUUAAUUUUUUUUUUUUUUUGUACAGGUUCUGAUUCUAAUACAUUUCAACAUGCUUUUUUUCCCCUUGUGUCAAUAUUUGUUAUAGACUAAUCGCCGGAGAUUUUUCACCUGGUUGGAGGGUGGCGUGCGUGUAUGUGUGCGUGUGUUGUUGUUGUUGUUGUUGUUGUUAAAGGGGAGGUGGAGGUCCUGGACUGACUUAUUCAAGUUCAUUGAGAGUAAAAGCACAUUUUAGAACAAAAAAUAAAGGUGUAGAUUUAA